AAGCCCCUUGUAAGAUGAAAAGCACCUUGCCCUGCUCUGACUCCUGCCUGUGGAGGGGUUCAGUGCCAAAGUGAAAGGCUUCCUAAAAAUGGGCUGAUCCAGGGAGGGGGCGCGAUUUAGGAGGUAUUGAGAAACAAGGAAGGACAAACAGUGUUAGGUCAUUGCUUCUGCAAACACAGCCAGGGCUGUUUCUCUAUAAAAAGGGGAGAAAGCGGUUCCAGAGCCAUAACAGACGUGGAGGGGACAGUCUGUGACCAAGGCUGCUGCACCCCCUCCUCAGCACCUGACUCCCUGCUCAAGCAUGAAACUCGUACUCUCUACUGUGCUGUCCUUUGGGAUAGUGGCUCUGUGUUUUGCUUCUCCCCUGAAGACAACCAUCAAAUGGUGCACAAUAUCCUCACCAGAAGAGAACAAAUGCAAUAGCCUAAGGGACCACAUGCAACAAGAGAAUGUUGCGUUGAGUUGCCUGCAGAAAGCAACAUAUCUCGACUGCAUAAAAGCCAUUACGAAUACCGAAGCAGAUGCCGUUAGCUUGGAUGGUGGUCACAUUUUUGAGGCAGGCCUUGCCCCCUACAAGCUGAAGCCCAUUGCUGCUGAGGUUUACCAACACACUGAAGGUUCCACAACCAGCUACUACGCUGUGGCCGUUGUGAAGAAAGGAACAGGCUUCACAAUAAAUGAGUUGCAGGGCAAGACUUCCUGCCACACGGGCCUGGGCAGGUCUGCUGGCUGGAACAUCCCAAUUGGGACACUCCUCCACCGAGAAGACAUCAAGUGGGAUGGCAUAGACUCAUCCAACCUUGAGGAAGCGGUGGCCAAUUUUUUCUCUGCCAGCUGCGUGCCUGGUGCUACCACUGAACAAAAACUGUGCCGUCAAUGCAAGGGGGACUCCAAAAACAAAUGCUCCCGCUCAGGACCUUAUUCUGGAUAUUCUGGAGCUUUUCAAUGUCUGAAAGACGGAAAAGGAGAUGUGGCUUUUGUGAAGCACACAACUGUUGAAGAAAAUGCCCGGGAGGAGAAGGAUGACUACGAGCUUCUGUGUCUGGAUGGCAGCCGCCAGCCUGUGGACAACUACAAAGCCUGUCACUGGGCCAGGGUGCCUGCUCACGCUGUUGUGGCUCGAGAUGAUAGCAAGGUUGAUGACAUCUGGAACUUUCUUGCAAAAGCACAGGAAAAAUUUGGUGUGGGCACAAGUAGCACCUUCCAGCUCUUUGGACCACCUGGCAAGAAGGACCCAAGCCUCAAAGACUUGCUUUUCAAAGACUCUGCUGUCCAGCUGAAGCGUAUUCCACCACUGAUGGAUUCCCAGCUCUACUUGAGCUUUGAGUAUUACAACGCCAUCCAGAGCCUUCAGAAAGAUCAGUUGAACUCCAACCGCAGAGCAAACAAGACCCGGUGGUGUGCUGUGGGCAAGAAUGAAAAGAGCAAGUGUGACAUCUGGAGUGUGAUGAGCGCAGGGGAGGUGGAGUGCACCGUGGCAGACACCACUGACGAGUGCAUUACUAAGAUCAUGAAAGGCGAAGCAGACGCUAUCAGCUUAGACGGAGGUUUUGUCUACACUGCUGGUGUGUGCGGCUUGGUGCCAGUGAUGGGAGAAAACUAUGACGCUAACAGCCAAUGCAGCAAAGCAGAAGGAGAACGAGCAUCCUACUUUGCCGUGGCUGUUGUGAAAAAAUCCAACGGCGAUAUCACCUGGGACAAUCUACGGGGCAAGAAGUCGUGCCACACCGCUGUCGGGAGAACCGCUGGCUGGAACAUCCCCAUGGGCUUGAUUCACAACAAGACAGGGAACUGCAAUUUUGAUGAAUACUUCAGCGAGGGCUGUGCUCCCGGGUCUCCUCCUGACUCCCGCCUCUGCAGGCUCUGCAAGGGCUCGGGACGGGUCCCGCCGGAGAAGUGUGUCGCCAGCAGCCAUGAGAAAUACUAUGGGUACACUGGAGCUUUACGGUGUCUGGUUGAGGAGGGGGAUGUGGCCUUUAUUAAGCAUUCAAUCGUCGAGGAAAACACUGAUGGCAAAAAUAAGGAAGAAUGGGCCAAAAAUCUGAAAAUGGACCAAUUUGAGUUGCUGUGCACUGAUGGGCGACGGGCAAAUAUAAUGGAUUACAGGACGUGCCACCUGGCCAAGGUUCCUACCCAUGCUGUAGUCACACGUCCUGAGAAAGCAAAGCAAGUCCAUGAAUUGCUGGAGAAACAACAGAAACUGUUCGGACAAGAAGGAGUCAUGAAAGACAGGUUCAAGAUGUUUGAGUCACAAACCAAGGACCUUCUGUUUAAAGACACGACCAAGUGUCUGGUCAAACUCCGUGAUGGAAUAACACACAAGGAGUUCCUUGGAGAUCAAUACACUGCUUCAGUUUCUAGCCUCAACACCUGCAAUCCAUCAGAUCUCCUCCAGGUGUGCACCUUCCUUGAGGACAACGGCCGGCGGGCGUGGCUGCGGCUGGGGCUCGGCGGCGCGGGGAAGACGCUGCUUUUCGCGCGGCUGUUGACGGGCAAAUACCGCGAUACCCAGACUUCCAUAACGGACAGCUCCGCAGUUUACAGAGUCAGCAGUGACAAGAGCGCUAAUGUGACCUUAAUUGACCUUCCCGGCCACGAGAGUCUGCGGCUUCAGUUCUUGGAGAGGUUUAAGGCUGCAGCCAGAGCCAUCGUGUUUGUGGUGGACAGUGUGGCCUUCCAGCGGGAGGUGAAGGAUGUGGCAGAGUUCCUGUACCAGGUCCUGGUCGAUAGCACCGUGCUCAAAAAUGCACCUGCGCUGCUGAUCGCUUGCAAUAAGCAAGAUGUCACAAUGGCAAAAUCAGCAAAACUUAUUCAACAGCAGCUGGAGAAAGAGCUCAACACCUUACGAGUGACCCGCUCCGCAGCCCCCACCAGUCUGGAUGGCUCAGGCACUGGGGGACCUGCCCAGCUGGGGAAGAAGGGCAAGGACUUCGACUUCUCCCAGCUACCCAUGAAGGUGGAAUUUGUGGAGUGCAGUGCUCGGGGCAGCAAGGGAGAGGAAGGAGAUGCUGACUUCGAGGGCCUCGAGAAAUGGCUGGCCAAGAUCGCCUGA